GACUUUUAUUUUGAAAAUGACAUGCUAGUUUCCGGUACUGCUAAGCUAACUCUGUUAGCUUGAUGGAGCUUGGUCGGUCCGCUGCGCUGACAGCUUGGAGGAUGAUAAACGGUCACACUCUUUUGCGCGUCUGCUUGGAGUAACUAUGUUAACUCUAAUGUAUAUUCCUUUAUAAAAAGAAAAAAAAAAGUGCGCCCCCGGGUUGUUUGUCUUUCUCCCCGCGCGCUCUUGUAUUUGAAGAAAGUACUAAGGGGAAGGCAUUUGAGAAGUUCAUCAUUUGCUGAGGGGUCUGCCUGCAACUUCAGAAUAUGGCCUACACUUUGGGCUCGACUCCUGAUGGUCAGUCGCGCCGCGUCGGCCCUCAGCACUGCGUCACCCGGGUGGAGCUGUCCAUCACCGCAUUUAACCUUCUGGACCGAGAUGUAGCCUCCAAGUCAGACCCCUUUUGUGUUCUCUUCCAUGAAGUAGAUGGAAACUGGGUGGAGCUGGGGCGCACUGAAACCGCUGUGAACAACCUGAACCCAGUGUUUGGCGUGAAGUUUCACGUGGACUAUCACUUUGAAGAAAUCCAGAAGCUUCGCUUUGCCAUGUUUGAUGAAGACAAGUGCGCCACGCAGCUUUAUGAGCACGACUUCCUUGGAGAGUUCAUAUGUACACUUGGAGUGAUCGUAUCCAAUAAGAAACUUCACAGACCGUUGAUCUUAGCCAAUGGGAAGCCAGCUGGAAAAGGAUCUAUCACGAUAACAGCUCAGGAGCUGUCUGACAAUAGAAUCAUAACUUUGACCUUGAGUGGGCGUAAACUGGAUAAGAAGGACUUCUUUGGGAAAUCAGAUCCAUACCUGGAGUUUCACAAACAGGGAGAAGACGGUAAAUGGAUGCUGGUCCAUAGGACAGAGGUGAUCAAGAACACGUUAGAUCCAGUGUGGAAACCUUUCACAGUUCCUCUCAUCUCUCUCUGCAAUGGAGACGUGGACAGAAGCAUCAAGGUGCUUUGUUACGACUAUGACAACGAUGGAGGUCAUGACUUCAUUGGCGAGUUUCUGACUACAGUUGCCAAGAUGAGUGAAGCUCAGAACUCAGUGGAGGUGGAAUUUGACUGCAUCAAUCCCAAGAAGCAAAAGAAAAAGAAGAAUUACAAGAACUCUGGAGUUAUCAUUGUCAAAUCAUGUAAGAUUACACGGGACUACACUUUUUUGGAUUAUAUUCUGGGAGGCUGCCAGCUCAUGUUUACAGUUGGUAUAGACUUCACUGCUUCAAAUGGAAACCCCAGAGAGCCAUCCUCUCUGCACUACAUUAACCCACUAGGCAGCAACGAGUACCUCUCUGCUAUUUUAGCUGUUGGGCAGAUCAUUCAGGACUAUGACACUGACAAAAUGUUUCCUGCUCUGGGAUUUGGCGCCCAGCUCCCUCCAGACUGGAAGGUAUCACACGAAUUUGCCAUCAACUUUAACCCCACUAACCCCUUCUGUUCAGGCGUGGAGGGCAUUGCUCAGGCAUACUCUGCCUGUCUCCCCCACAUUCGGUUCUACGGCCCCACCAACUUCGCUCCGAUCAUCAACCACGUAGCACGCUUUGCUGCUCAGGCUCUUCAGCAGGAGAAAGCAGCACAAUACUUCACACUGCUCAUCAUAACAGACGGGGUUAUCAGCGACAUGGAUGAAACGCGCGACGCCAUCGUGCAGGCGUCAAAGCUUCCCAUGUCCAUCAUCAUCAUUGGUGUGGGAAACGCAGACUUUGCUGCCAUGGAGUUCCUGGAUGGAGAUGCCAGCGUUCUGAGGUCCAGCAAUGGAGAGGAGGCCGUGCGGGACAUCGUCCAGUUCGUACCGUUUAGAGAUUUCCGUAACGCUCCAAAAGAAACGCUUGCCAAGUCGGUUCUGGCCGAGCUGCCCCAGCAAGUCACCCAGUACUUUAAACAGAGGAAUCUACCGCCCACCAACUCGGCGCCGAAGUGAGCCGCCCAGACUCCAAGCCCAGCCGCUGUACCAUAGCUACAAUCUUCUUGUUAAAGGCAAACCCUGCAGAAUGAGAGUGUACAUUACGUCAGCUGUGAACAAAAACGAGUUGUGAAAAAAGUUUUCUUCAUCCGAAGAGAUGUUUGUUGUCUUUUUAAAACUUUCCAGCGGAGUUUGGGGAAGAUAAGACCGUGCAUGUCUGCAGGUGACGCGCAGGAAAAGAGUCGGUUAUUUUUUCGAAGGAGAAAGAGGAAAUGAGUUAUCUAUUUUUGUUAUUUUUCAUAUGUGUUGCAUGUGCGUCCCGUGAUUGAGAUGUAAAUCCCUUCCGAGCGAGAAAAAACCUCGGCGGCUGUUUCUGAAGUAGCAGAUAUGAAGGAGGCUGUUUGCUUUUGUUUCCACGUGUGGCAGAGUCGGAACAGAGUAUUAUUUCUUCACCCAUCUAUCAGGUAUGAAGCCUGAAAAGGAUGAAAUCAAAACCGAAUGCACUAAGUCAGACUCUGCAGUCUCAGGCGGUUGAAGUGGAACUUUUCUGCAGAAUUCCUGUGUUUCAUUCUUGAUCCUGCAUGUUUUCACUAUUUAGUCACUGUUUACAAACUCUUGAUGUCCACAAAUGCAUGUUUUCCUUUUUAAUUUCAAAUUAACUGGAUGUAAAAAUAAGUAUUAUAUGAUGUGUUUUGACGAGCGAGAGCAGAGGUUCUGAUGUGUAUUGAAUGUACAUUUCUAUGAUGCUGUUUCUGUAACGAUUAGCCAACGUCUCUGCCAUGUUUAUUGUACUUUUUAUGCAGUAUUGGAUUGUGUAAUUAAAAUACAAUGUGUAUCGUUGUGCCUCUUUGUA